AAACGACGCCAGUAUCUCUGCAAGGUGGGUUCAGUUUUCAGCGUGGGCAAGGGCUGCGAAAUAACAUUUACGUGCCCUACGUGCUCGGCAAAGUUUAAUCGGAGAGUCGCACUUUGUAACACGGUUCGCAGGCUCGCAGCUGGUAAUACUCUUACUUGCUCGCAAAUAUGGCAUGCUUCGUGGAAGAAUGGAACCCAAUUGCUGCGGGAUGUAUCAAAACGGAUCCGUUUCCGAAAUGGGAAACGC